GUGUCAGUUACUAUCACUAUUGUGAGAUCGGCUGCAUACUGUGGAGGUCGUAUAAACUGACCUUAUAAAACACCGACGAUUUAAGGACAUAUAUGAUUUAUGCCGUACAGCUUCAUCUGUAAAAGUAAAGUUUCAGCACGUAAGUCACGGUAUUCAAGUGAUGGAAGGAAAACACGUUGUUGUUAUUGGUGGUGGAUCGUACAGAAUGAGACCCCUAUGGCCGGACGCUGAAAAAUACGGUAUAAAGGUCAUACUUGUGGAAUCUGAUCCAAAUCAUAUUGCACGAGAUCUUGUGCAUUGUUUUAUAGAGUAUGAUUUCUCUGAUCAUACGAGGGACCAAAUGCAUGCCGAAAAUAUAAUAAAUACGAUACAUGGUAUGGGGAUGAAGAUUGAUGGUUGUCUAUCAUUUCUAGACAAGUUAACUCCCUUGGUUGCACUCAUUUGUGAAUCAUUAGAAUUAAGAGGUCUGAGUUACAAAUCAGCGAUUAUAGCGAACUCGAAAUCACAAACACAGAAUGUGCUGAGCAUGAACAUAAAUGAAACUGAAGCGUCAAAUGCUGGUGUAUUUUCUUCAAAGGCAGUCCAUCUAAGAAGUGAUUCGGACUGUGAUGAUUUACCGGAAAGUUUUAAGUUUCCUGCUAUACUCAAACUAGACAAUUGCGCAUUUGGAAUCGGAGCUUGCAAAGUAAAAAGCAAAGAAGAAAUGAAGGAGCAAUAUCAACAAAUAACAAGUUCUCUAUGCACAGAUUCGGCCUUUCCCGGGAUUGGACUCAGUCGCGGCAAUUCAAUGACAACAUUUGAAUUUCACUCUGGUACAGAACAUAAUGUUGAUGUCAUUUUGUAUGACAAAACUCUUGUAUGGGCAUCUAUAACUGAUAGCGGGGUAGUGAGACAGCCAUAUUAUAUAGGUACUGCUAAACGUCUACCUUCAUUUCUACCAGACGACAGCCGUAAAAAGCUAAUAGACGCUGCCUUCAAAUGUUGCUUAGGGAUAGGUCUAACGGAUGGAACGUUCAAUGUUGAGUUAAUAAUGACAGCCAACGGACCAAAACUUGUAGAAAUCAAUCCAAGAAUGUGUGGCUACGUCUUCAGGGAUUGGAUAAUGAAAUUGUACGGAAUUGAUAUCAUGUUAUAUACAAUGAUGAUCUCUUGUGGAAUAAAACCUGAAAUACCAAAAAUUUCAACAGACACAAUACAGAUGGGCGUAAUGGUUAUACCAUCUUUACAUGGAAAACUUCUUACAGAUGAUCAUUACAAAAAUAAAUUGAAUGAAAUGAUUGAAUGUGGUGACGUCACAUUUCUACAAUUCCUUGAUAGUUUUGAGCAUCUGUCCACUUACGACCAGCCGUUUGGAAAUGUUUCUGUGUCUGGUACAAAUCCGAUAGAAGUAAAGAGAAAAUUGAUGAAUAUAUGUAAAGCACUCGACAUUGACCAAAACGAUUACCAAGUUGACAACUUUAUAAGAAACUUUUGAGUAUCACACUUGAUUAUGUACAUGGUUGGCUUGAUUUUUGCAAUUGAGGGAUAGAACAAGCAUGAAUAUAAUCAAAUACAUGUAUGUUAACAAUUACUAUAUAUUUACGACUAUUGAAGACAUUUGAAUUCUGAUUACAAUACAUAAAAUAAAAUG